AUGUCUUUUUUCAACACUAUCAAAGGGCUAGGUAGGAGCUCGAAAAAGAGUAAAAAGGAUGAACAAACAUCAUUAUAUUCACAUUCAAAUCUAUCUGGUAAUACCCUAAGAAGGACACAAUCACCGAACAAAGUACCCUCUUCACCUUCCAAACACACGUCAUCACCUGUACGAGGAGCUGGUGGGGGCGCUGGUGGUCAGAAUAUAUCGACAAUAGGACGCAAUCAAGUGGGCUAUGUUUCCUCAUCGUACCAAGGUUCCCCUUCCAAGCGGUCUAGAAAUGCAAAUAGCAGUGGUGGUCUACAACAACUGCAGCAACUGCGGCUGUCGUAUAGCGAAUCAGUUGCAUCGAAAGCACUGCAACUGUCCAUCUCGGAGCCACCGUUAUUCAUGUGCGAACCGUAUGUCAAAACUGCCUUGGUUAAAGGUUCAUACAAGACUAUAGUCCAACUCCCAGCAUUCGUCGACUUGAAUGAGUGGUUAGCACUAAACAUUUUUGAAUUCUAUAGCAACUUGGAUUCCUUUUAUGGGCUAGUUUCAGAUUUCGUCACCCCCAACGAGUUCCCCACCAUGAAUGCAGGUCAAACGAAUUAUCUAUGGGUGGACGGAUCAGGCCAAGCGGUCAACUUACCCGCUAGCCAGUAUAUUGACUACGUCAUCACGUGGAUUUCAAACAAGAUUAACGAUCAAGAAACGUUUCCGACAAAGACUGGUGCUGUCUUUCCUCAAUUUUUCAUAAAGGAUGUGAAGAACAUAUCGCGACAGAUGUUUCGGAUAUUUGCCUUUAUUUACUACAAUCAAUUUGAUAAGAUUGUUCACUUGAGCUUGGAAGCUCAUUUCAAUUCAUUUUUUGCUCAUUUCAUUUCGUUUAUCAAGGAGUUUAACUUGUUGGAUAAAAAGGAAUUGGAGCCGUUGCAACCUUUGAUUGAUGAAUUUGAAAUUCUGGGGAAAAUCAAUUGA